UGUGUAGCUGAUCCUAUUCCACUGUCACAGUACGUGAUAGCUCUUAUUAAGAAGGAUAAAACAGAAAAGGAACUCAGAGAAAUUUGUGUUGAUCAACUUGAAGUUUUCCUGCAAGAAAAUACAUCGGGUUUCGUCGAGGAUCUGUUCGCCGCACUGACUUCCCGCUCGUAUGUGGGCGUAGAUACAAUGGAUUCCAAAAAAGAACAAAACGAGGGUGUUGUACACUCACGCUCGGACGUACCCAAGGAGAAAAAGCGUUCCGUUACUGGAGAAUCGAGCCACUCUGAUUCGGGACCUGCCAAACUGCCGAGUAAAGGCACUGUCAGUGGCAAAAGUCGGGUUGCUCGAAGUCGCUCGAGGUCUCCACUAGCUACUUCCCGUACGGGACCUAAUUCACGCGGCAGUUCUAAGGGUCGUCGAGGUCGGGAUUCCCCCGAACGUGAAUCAGGGAAGAGUCGAGCGGACGAAUUCUCUGAUGGAAAAACUUUGUCGUCUCGAAAUCGAAGAGCUGAUCUGCGAGAGAACGGCCAACGAAAGCGGCGAUGUCGGAAUAUUGAGGAGCACGGGGUUUGUGUUGCUGGCUCCCGUUGUCCGUUUGACCACGGUCCACAUGCCGUAGUUUUACCACCGGCCAAAACUGCUAGCGAUGUCAUCACACAGUUGACUUCGGGACAUCCAUCUCGCGAUUCUUCGUCCAAGAAUGCUGGGUCACCUGAGAUCACAGAAAAUCCUACGACUGUCUCAAAUGAUAACGAACCUCACCCAAUAGAAACUGUUCCGUCUAUUCCUAUUGUGCAGUCGGGCGGUGAGCCUCUACUACAAACUCCUGGGAGUGCUUCUGUACAAACCCCUACCUCGGUACCCAUUCUACCUGUAUAUCGUCCCACACCCAUUAACCAACCUGUGUCAAAUCCUGUCCCGCCAAUUGAAGCGAUCCCGUUCAAUCCUUCGCUUCUUAGCAUCCCGCCCCCAAUGAUAAGUGGUUUCACCUGGCCAACUCUCAACUUGCCUAAAACAUUUGCUGCGCAUAAUUCCACUACAAACGACUUUUCUCGCCCAACAACGAUUCGACAUAAUGUGGUUCCUAUCCCAAUGCGUGAAACCAACCCGACCAGUACACAGGUAACUCAAGAAUCUGCUGAUACGUCCUCGGCGACCGUCCCUGUUUCAGAUGCUGUUCCUCCGGCCUACGAACCCUGCCGACCGCAGAUCACCAUGAUCUCUGGACCCAGUAAUCGAUCCCCUUCAUCUACCGAUGUCCCAUGGAGUUUUUCCACCCCGGUGGCUAAUGACCCACCCCAAGUUUACACUCCAAGUCCAAUUUCCGAACGCCUCGGUCCGGAACCGGGAAAAGGAUCACAGUCCUGGGGAGCAAAUCGUAAUACAACAUCCAAUUUUAAACCUCUAGAUCAGAUGACUACAUUCCCGUCCGUGUUGUACGUUACUCGAAUACCUUGGAAACAAAAUGAUGAAGAUCAACUACAGGAACACUUUGCAAAAUUCGGUACGGUGUUAAAAAUUAUCCCACGAUUCAAUGGCCUCGCUGAUGCUGCUAUGGUGGAAUUCUCAUGUCCAGCUGAGGCGGAGUUGACCUAUCGCAGUCCGGAACCAAUUCUGUACAACCGCUUUAUCCGGCUCAGCUUGAAUCCACCGGUCUUACAACGAUUGGCAGGUCGGCCGAUUAAAUAUGAUUUUCGCGGGAAGACGUUACAAGAUCGCAUAGGUAUCAAGAACCGUUUGGGUUUUCGACCCUAUGGCGGACUUGGUCUGUCCUAUGUGGGCUCGUCAGAUCUCCGUACCAAGGUCACAAAAUCUGGCUCAGCACAUGGCCGUGGACAUUCCCGGUUCCGUUUAGAACGUGAUCCGGAUGCGCUGCAUGGUUCUCCCCAGGCCUCCGCAGAUGAAACAGACGAACCGGACGAGGAACGACCGGUAGACGAAGAUUCCGAAAUGCGCCCAGAUGGAAACGAUUUCACUGAUCGCGGUUUUGGUCGCGGCAAAUUCUCCAGUCGUAUGGACGGUGAUGCGGGUGGCGACGAACACGAUGAGGACAAAAUACCGGAUGCUUCUGGUGUUUUCGGUGUAGAAUUAGCCCGCGCACGAAUGGAACAAUUGCGAGGUACACAUAAGAAUAUUCACUCUACGCUCUACAGUCAGGAGACAACUGCCUAUCUAUGGGAACAUCAAAAAAUGGCCGCAUUGAAAGAGCGUCAGGAAAAGCUGCUCAGUCUGGAUAAAGCCCGUGAAGCAAAGCAGACCGCUUUGGAAGCACAAAAGCAAUUGACCUCUCGUCUGCGCAUUCAGCUGAAACGAGUGAUGGCCAAACUGGAAGGAAAAGACGAACCACCCUCGGCGCCCAGCAGUACCGGUGGGACCGGUGGACAUCUGACCGUGGCCGAGCAACGUCGUCUCUUGACCGAGGCCAAGCGCAUUCAGCACGAGCUAGAACAGGCUUUGAACUUAGAGAAAAGCCUAUCCGGUAAACGGUCCAAACCGAGCUCGGAAUCCGAUCCAAGUACUGUGGGUAGCACAACUGUCAGUGCUGCUGCAUUGCAAGCAUUACCCGAACCAUUGGCUACAGAAAGACGCAAACAGAUUGCUGAGGUAAAAGUUCAGUUGAAGAAAGUUGAGUCCGAAGUGGCUACCUUGAAGGCAAAAGGAGAUCCUAUAGUGGAGCAAUGUCGACGAAUUUUGGAACUUAAACGUCAGGUAAGUGUCGGGCUUAAUCAAAAUGAAUCAGUUCCGAAGUUGCUGAUCUCCGGUUUGAUUGAUAUCAGUGUUAUUUACUUCCGUGCUGGUUCUCCUCCCAUCCCAGACACGAUUAAAAUGUAA